AUGCAAGAGAAGCUACAUCACGCAGACUAUACUUCUUUUCCAGAAUCUCUGAAAAGAGAAGUCUUAGAAAUUGUCAAUGGCUCAUAUGAGGCUCUUUCUGCCGAUACAAAUUAUUGGGUUUCCAAUCUUGCUAACGCUGCAUCCUUGAUUUGGCAUGCGUAUCACUCUAUCGGUUUGCCUAUCAACUGGGUUGGAUUUUACAUCACAACAAACACAGAGUCCAAUAAUCUUGUUCUCGGACCAUUCCAAGGGAAAGUGGCUUGUCAAAGUAUCCAGAUAGGAAAGGGUGUAUGCGGGAUGGCUGCUAUGGAGAAGCGGACUCAAUGCAUUGCUGAUGUGAAUAAGUUUCCUGGGCAUAUUGCUUGUGACGGAGAGACUAAGAGUGAAAUUGUUGUGCCUAUUCUAAAUGGGGAAUCUGUGGUGGGUGUCUUAGACAUCGACUGCUUGACAGAGAAUGGAUUUGAUGAAGUGGAUGUGGAACUUCUUGAAGCUUUGGCUGCAUUGAUCUCGAAGCUGAAUAACUGGUCCCUAUCAUGA